UUUGUCCUUCACUUUCCACCUUCUACAUUUGUAUUCUUUUUAUAAACAAACCAACGCACACUUCACAACUCAUUCACGCUUUCAUUAUUCUCUUCCACUACAAUGCCUUCCCAAACUUUUCUCACUUUCUUCUUCUUCCUUCUCCUUUCUUUCAACACCAUCACUUCCGAUUUUGUUCGUCCUAUAGAUCGCAAAUUGUUUGACCUACACAAGAAAGAAAAGCUAAGUCAUUUCAAAUUCUAUUGGCAUGACAUUUUGAGUGGAAAAAACCCAUCUUCAAUCACGGUUGUUCCACCACCAUUGAAACUAAACACAACCACUGCUUUUGGUUCAGUUCGCAUGAUUGAUAACCCUUUAACAUUAGGACCAGAAUUGAGUUCCAAACUUGUUGGAAAAUCACAAGGCUUCUAUGCAUCUGCAUGUCAAGAUCAGAUUGGUUUGCUUAUGGCUAUGAAUUUAGCUUUCAUUGAAGGAAAGUAUAAUGGAAGUAGUAUAACUAUCUUGGGGAGGAAUUCUGUUUAUGAUAAGGUUAGGGAGAUGCCUGUGAUUGGUGGGAGUGGACUCUUCAGAUUUGCUAGAGGAUAUGCUCAAGCUACUACUUACUCGUUUGAUCUUAAAUCUGGAGAUGCUGUUGUUGAGUACAAUGUUUAUGUUUUUCACUAUUGAUUCUUAGGAUUUGUGUUUGUGUUAACUUUUUCAUCAGAAGAUUAUGUAUUUGGUUCUAUGGUGUUGGAUUUGGAUUUACUGAGAUUAUUAAUUUAAUAAACUUGUAGUUGUUGUAAGCAACUGAUAUGGUUAUUACAUUGACAUAUCAAAGCCUUUUUCUAUUUGAGGGUUUGCUUGUGAAGCUUGGUUUUUCCUUUUUUUGGAAUCCAUAUUUGUCCUCUUUUAUCUAUUGUAUUAUCACUUGUUGGUGAAAUGAUGAGAUUGUAUUUUAAAAAGUCUUCUUGAUAU